GGCUAUGGACAGAAGAUCAACUUUAACUUUUUCACAACAUGUUACUACAGUAGUGAAGUCGUUACAUGGUAAGAAAAACCAUUGAAAGAAUUUGUAAUUGUUCGAUGAAAAAUCUUUUAUUCAGACAACUGCAAAAGAUCGAGCGUCAACAAAUUUGUGUGUUUGAAAAGUCUUUAAUUUUAAAGAGCGAAGUCGCUGCAGGAGUCAUAGCCUCUCUCUCACCUAGUUACUUCAGGAUCUGCACAUUCCCUACUUUGUACUUCCUAUCGGCCAGAGUGCAAUGACCUCUGGACCCUUUUAUCUCUGCAAAGUAUUUUUGAUCUAAGGUCAGAAAAACACUGUAGUUUUCUUUGUUACAGCGCCAUAAAAAUCUCAUGUCUUCUUGUCUUCUUUCCCAGAAGAGCAGACACUUGACACUGGCCUGUCCAGCAGCUUUCUACCUCUCAAAUUCAUGACAACUUCUCUUAUUGUGAAAUACAUCAAUCCUUUCUCAGUGUAGGUGCCAGAAAAAGAUCACUUUCCCCUUAUCCUCAGGUUAUAAAGAAGACCUAAAAACUGUGACAGAAAUAAUGCCCUUUAAUGUUGUAAAACCUCAUAGUUAAAGCUUCUCACAAUAGUUGCAGUAUGUUGAGAAAAGAGAACUAAACUAUGACUGUGCAGACUUUAAAUGCAUUGUAAACACCUCACCUUGAUUGCAGCUACGGAGGCAUGUGCUUAGUUAUUUGUUCAGGUGGGGAAGUGAAUGGAUUACAUGCAGGGCCGGGGUUUUUGUGCUACACCGCCCAGUAUCACACUGUGGCCUGAGGAGGAAUGAUUGCAUGCACUACUUGUGUAGCACAGACAGAGUUCUACAGUAAAUUCAGUAAAUGAACAUGUGAAUAUCAGUAUGCAAGCAUAUGUUUCCUUCUAUGUAGUUGGGGUAUUUUAGCAGUUUACUGUACAUAUAGUUAAAUAAACAUUAAGUACAAUUUCCAGCCUGCAGUGUGUGCUGGAUUGCUACAGUUGAUGCUUGCCUCUUUAGUGUGACUAAAAAAAUAGUCUAGUGGGAGUCUAAUGCUACUUAGCAACAUUUAGAGUACAGGCACGUGCACUUCUUUGGGGUAAUUUAAAGUGUGGAAUGUUGUUUAGAGAAAAUACCACUUUGGCCACAGUGGUGCGGGGGCUGGGUAGAUACAGUAGCUCGACCACUCUAAAGCUUCAGUGAAUCGAAUCAUCAGUGACUUCACAUUCACUAAUCUCAAAGAAAUUGGUUUCCUGUGUACUAAUGAACUGGGAGAGAUAAUGCCACUGAGAUAAACAAGAAAGGAGGUUUAAUAUUUUCUCAGGACUGUGAACUUUUUCAGCUGUGACUCCAUCCCACCAGCGGACCAGCUUACAGUACUCUACCCCACAGACAGCUCAGCACUCUGGUACUAAGCUCGAGUCUUUAAAAGGGAUACCACGUCACGUACUCUGAAGAAUUUCAGAGGGACUUUUUUCUCCCUCAGGAGCAGGGAGCCGUUUCUUUUUAUAUAGAGAAUGGGAGACUAUGAUGAAGACAUUGCAUUCCUUGGACAGACUGGGCCUUAUUUCUGGACCACGUUCUUCCUCCUAAACACAGUUUUUGUCUCAACUGGAUUCAAUGGACUUUACAUGGUCUUUGUCGGAGCAGCACCAAAACACCACUGUUUAAUUCCAGAUGUUAAUCUAACUGAGCAGUGGAGGAAUGCCAUCAUUCCCUUUACGAUAGUUGAUGGUGAAGAGGUGCUGAGCCAGUGUAGCAGAUAUAGGCUGGAUGUGGUUAGAAAUCUCUCCACCGAGGGAUUUAUUCCUGGAAAGGAUGUCAACCUCACUAACCUGGAGCAGGAGGGAUGUGUGGAUGGCUGGAGCUACAGCAAGGAACUCUACCAAUCCAACAUAGUCACAGAGUGGGACCUUGUUUGUGACAACCAGUGGAAAGUUCCCUUUGCAUCCUCGACUCUUUUUGUGGGAUACCUCAUUGGAUCUCUGAUCUCAGGACAGCUAUCUGACAGGUGUGGGAGGAAGAAGGUUAUUUUCAUCUCUCUCGGGGCCCAGUGUAUCUCAGUCCUGCUCCAGUCCUUCUCUCAUUCAUGGAGGAUGUUCUGUAUCAUGUUCCUCUUUGUUGGAGCCUCCCAGAUAUCCAUCUAUAUUUCUGCUUUUGUGCUAGGAACGGAGGUACUGAGUAAAACAAUGCGAGUGCUCUUCACAACCCUUGGGGCCUUCCUUUUCUAUUGCAUUGGAUAUAUGACAUUACCCUGGAUUGCAUAUGGCAUCAGAGAAUGGAGGACUCUGCUUGCUGUUCUCUCCAUGACUUCUGUGGUCUACAUCCCGCUGUGGUGGUUCAUCCCAGAGUCUCCUCGGUGGCUGAUUACUCAGGGGAGAGUGGAGGAGGCCGAGGCCACGGUCAGAGAUGCUGCAAGGAAAAAUAAAGUUGAAGCACCACCAGUAAUUUUUAAAGAAACUGAGCAACAGGCAACGUCUCUGAGCAAGAAAUACACCAUACUUGAUGUUCUCAAAUCUAAGAACAUGAGAUGUGUCACCCUGAUGUGUCUCGUUCUGUGGAUGGCAAUAAAUAUUGGGUAUUUUGGUUUAUCCCUGAAUACCUCUAAUCUGAGUGGAAACCCCUUCAUGAACUGUUUUUAUUCGGCUACCACAGAGGUCCCUGCCUAUGUCGUUUCUACUUGGCUGCUAAAGAAAUGUCCGAGGAGAGCGCUUCUGUCAUCGCUCCUUGCCACUGGAGGAGGGGUUCUUCUGCUCAUCCAGUUCAUUCCUGAUACCCUUCAGUAUGUCGCUCUGGCUCUGGAGAUGACUGGGAAGUUUGGCUUCACCAUGGCCUUCAGCACCGUCUACAUCUACACUGCUGAGAUUUACCCCACUGUACUCAGGAAUGUCGGCAUGGGACUAUGCUCUUCUGCUGCACGCAUUGGCAGUAUCACAGCUCCUUAUGUCAUUUAUUUAGGUACUUAUUAUAAGGGUCUGCCUUAUAUUGUAAUGGGAAGUCUCACAGUUGCCUCCUCUGUAGUUAACGUUUUCCUUCCCGAGACCCUCAGCAAAGAUCUCCCCGAAACAGUGGAGCAGAUGCAACAAUAUCAGGGGUUUUGCUGUAGACAUCAAAAGAAGAAAUGUUUCAAAAAUGGAGCAAGGGAUAGCCCGUCCUUACAACCUGGGGCCAAAUCUGAUGUGCAGGCUAUUGCUCUGUAGCGUCCUGGGCAGCCUUGCUUAAUUUUUUUAAAUUAAAGUAACAAUUUUGAAUCUAAAUAUAAAAUCACAAACUCCAUCUCUGAUUUUUUUACUCAGUUGAUGAUUGUUAAUUCAAGAACAUUUUAUAGAAAUGUUGCAAAAAAAAUAAAUUUAGUUUUUGUAUAAAAUUGAAUUACAUGUAUAUC